GUGAACGUUCUUCUAAGCCUGGGGCACUCAUUCGCAGUUACCUUUCAGAUUUUUCCACAGCGUUGCUGAGAUUGACGCAACAUGUGUUAAACCUGGCUUUCGACCAAGACUGGAUUGAGCCCCUCAUGUUAGCUCCAGCGUUGCUGCACAGGGAGAAGAGACUGUAGCCGAGCGCCUUUCACUUUCCUCCCAGAGUCAGGAAGCAGCCAGCGCGCACCGUGAUGUGAAUGAUAGCGAGGGUCAGGGCGAUGGAGAGCUCUCAGGGACCCCCCGUUUGCUGAAAGGCAGCAGGAGAGGCGAUGGGGACCAUUGAAGAGGCGCUCGUCACCCUCGCUGGUGGAGCGCCUUGGGGCUUCAGGCUUCAGGGAGGAUCCCAGCAACGCAAACCGCUCCAAGUCGCCAAGGUCCGGAAGCGUGGAAAAGCUUGUAGAGCUGGACUACGUGAAAAUGAUGCUCUGUUAACCAUCAACGGGAAAUCUUGCGAUGGAAUAUCGCAUGCGGAUGCCAUGAACAUCAUUGACUCUUCGAGUGGAACUCUGCACAUCUGGGUCAAAAGAGUUUCCAGCAGCCCAGCACCCAGCAGCUUUCACUCGGAGCCCAGCCGACAGGUCAGCUCCCCCUCCGCCCGGAGCCAGGAAUCCUCAAAAGGCACUGCCCGCGUCCCCCAGCCUCGCACUGUGGGCCAGAACCCAGACAGCCGGGGGCAGAGGGGCAGCUACACGUCCCCCCCAGACAGCGAGGCUUAUUACGGAGAGACCGACAGCGACGCCGACUAUCCCGCCGGAGAGAAGCAGCGCCGGCAGCGGAGGAAAUGCCCCGGUGCCGCACCCCGCCCGAACCUCAGCAACUCUUUCCCCAGCUCGGCUGACGAAGCUUCCGAACUGAGCGAGCACGACAGCGCCCCCGAGCCCCCCCGAGCCGAGCGCCCGCUGAGCCCCCCCGGAGCCUCCAGCCGACCGGAUCCCCGAGCUCGCCGACCCCACCCGCUGGAUCAGCCCAGCCUCCUCCCGGGGGCGGCCCCCAAGAGCAGAGGGAUGAUGUUCCAGCCCCGGAGAGUGGAAGCCAACAUCAACCUCAACAUCUGGAAGCCGAGGGCGGAGGUGGCUUUCUACCCCAACCUCAAGCCCGCGGAGAACCCCAGUGCCAGCCCCAGCGCCACUGAUAACCCCAACCCCACCUGCCCCAUCACCUGGUCCGCCCAACGCAGCACCGAGGACACCGCCAACCGACAGGGCAUCCCGGGCACAUCAGAGGCUGACAGUGGAUUCCAGGAGGUACCUGCCUUUGCUGCCUCCCCAGAACAGAAACUGCUGCCGACUCGCAAUCAACCCAGCCUGCGGGAGACACAACUGGUGCCCAUGGUGGGGCCUGUGAGCAACCCAGUGGCUGAAAUCCUGACCACCACUUACAAGGAGAAGGCCAAACAAGCCAAGCUCCAUCGCAGUGAGAGCGUGCAGGAGAAGCAAGUGAAGGAAGCCAGAACAAAAUGCAAGACCAUUGCAUCCCUCCUCACCUCAGCACCCAAUCCUCACUCAAAGGGAGUUCUUAUGUUUAAGAAACGCCGUCAAAGAGCAAAGAAAUAUACUCUCGUUAGCUAUGGAAGUGUAGAUGAGGAAAAGCAGAAUAUCGACGAGGAUGGAGAAUUGCUGCCAACCAGUGAGUCUGAAUUUGAUGAAGAGGUAUUUUCUGACGCAAAAAGCUUAACAAAUCAGUCAACAGGAUCAGAUUGGGAUGGUUCUUACCUGGACAUUGAAAAGUCCAAAACUGAGCCCCAGGGUUUAACUGAAACCAAGGGGAAAGGGGUAAUGCUAUUUGAACAUCAGAGACAACGAGCAGGGGAGUAUAUGGUGGAGGAGUCUCCUGUUCAGAGACAACACAAUCUGCAAACGAAACCAAAGUCAGAGGCUGAAGUGAUGAACUCCAAGUUGAUGAAUGGAGAUGGUACCUGCCCUAGAAAUUCCAAUAUAUACGAUGGGUCUCCUGUCUCUAAUACUUUAAACAGCUAUGCAGAAAUGAACCUGUCCUCAAGGGUGCAUGCAGACCCCAGUUUACAGGCGAUGAGACCUAGUGAACAGCAUCAUUCACAACACUUUGUACAAGGUCCCUCCUUACUGUCUGGUGUGACAAACAGGACUGCAAAACCAUUUAUUCCAGGGUUUCAGCAAAAUCAGGUGACUCCAGUGUACUCCAUCUCUGCUCCAGUUUUAUUCAGGAAAACUACAGCUCCUGCAAUGUCUUGCAAACAAGAUAUUGGGAGAAACAAACAUGCAAUGCCUUUCACACCUCCAUCAGAGGUAGUCUGUACGCCAACUGUGAAUCCUAUGACUCAGCCUGUGACAACAAAGAAAGCUGAAGCACCAAAGAGAAUGGGGAUUCCUUAUUCAUCAGCACCCACAGUAAUGACACCACCUCCACCUGCAGUGAUGUCACCACCUCCACCUGCAGUGAUGUCACCACCUCCAACCACAGUGAUGUCAUCUCCACCUGCAGUGAUGUCACCUCCUCCACCCGCAGUGAUGUCACCACCCCCACCCGCAGCAAUGUCACCUCCUCCGCCCGCAGUAAUGUCACCACCUCCACCCGCAGUGAUGUCACCUCCUCUGCCCAAAGUGAUGUCACCUCCUCCACCCAAAGUGAUGUCGCCUCCUCCACCCAAAGUGAUGUCGCCUCCUCCGCCUGCAGUGAUGUCGCCUCCUCCGCCUGCAGUGAUGUCGCCUCCUCCACCUGCAGUGAUGUCACCGCCACCUGCUGUGAUGUCACCGCCACCUGCUGUGAUGUCACCGCUGCCUGCUAUGAUGUCACCGCUGCCUGCAGUGGUGUCACCACCACCCACAGUGAUUCCACCAUCAUCCACUGUGAUGUCGCCACCGCCUGCAGUGAUGUCACCACCCAGAGCAGCAACAUGUUCACUGCCUCUGGUGAAUCCUUAUUCACCGCCUUUGGCUCCAGUCACCAGCACUGCUAAAUUCCAUAUUUUUCCAGCAUUGCCCCCACAAAAAGAGGCUGAGCCCACUGCUGCUAAUCGUGCAAACACUCAGGCUCCCUCUAUUGGUAGCACCUCAUCAACAGCUUGGUCAGCUAAUCAGCAGUCAGAGAACUUAGCUACGAGAGAACAAAGAAUUUCAAUCCCAGCCUCUAAAACGGGCAUCUUGCAGGAAGCUCGCAGAAGGAGCACAAGGAAGCCAAUGUUUACUAAGACAGAACAGGUCAAAACUUCACCAAACCCUGAGCUUCUUUCUUUGGUACAAAACUUGGAUGAAAAGAAGCCGGAUCAUUUAGGGGCUGGAUUUGAGUCAGGCCCUGAAGAAGACUUUUUGAGUCUUGGUGCUGAAGCCUCAAAUUUUAUGCAAUCCCAGGCACGCAGGCAAAAGGUCCCCCCUCCUGUUGCACCAAAACCUUCCUUAAAGUCCCAGUCAAUUGGCAAUGAUUCUCCUCUUGUGAAUGGAAACACUACAUCAGGGACACUCCAACUGAAAGGGAAGGGGGCUGAACUCUUCGCUAGAAGGCAAAGCCGUAUGGAUAAGUUUAUUGUGGAAUCGGUACCUAUGUAUACCUCACAGGCAAGAGGACCAUCUCCCACUCCUUCACUUCCCUCUACAUGGAAAUAUUCUCCUAAUAUUAGGGCUCCACCUCCAAUUGGUUACAACCCCAUGUAUUCCCCAUCAUACCCACCAGCAGCUAGCAGAUCGCAAGGAGUGACGUCAGCCACUAAGACCGAAAGAAAGUGGAAACCAGCAGGGAACCAAAAGGUGGGAAUACAAGCCAUUGAUUUCAUGAGGCACCAGCCAUAUCAAUUAAACCCAGCCAUGUUCAGCUUUGAUGAAUCCAACUUGGGGACACAGAACUUACCAAGAAGUGCUCCAUCUAGGCAACUUGGCCAACAAUCCUUCAUCUCGACAAAACAUGUCCCUGUGAAGACAAGAGCCUGUGAAAUUCGACGUUUUUCAACCCCAUUACCUACUGUGACUCCCACUGUCAUUGCCCCAAGGUCAGCUACGACUCUUGCUGAGCCAGUGUGGAUGUCUGCACCUCCUUCCCCACCACCAGCACUGGUCAAAAUAUCCACUGUCAAUUUGCCAGCUCCUCAAACUACCAAGCAAAACAGGAAGGCACUAGAAGGAAGCCAGGAAGUAACCUCUGAACCAACAGCGCUUCAUUUCUCAUCGAAGGAAGGUAUUCAAAUGCAAAAGAAAACAUCACAUCACGUCCCCAGACCAAAAUUCUCAGCUGUAAGAGGUGGAAUGAAUCCUCACACGUGGAGACCUGGGUCAUUCUAGGAAUAAAAUAUGUUUACAGUCACCUUGAUUCUUAGUGGACAGUUGAAGAUUCUCCGACAUAGAGAGGACUUUGUACCUUAAAAGUGAAGAAAGAACUUGUAUUCAUGUGGUGCUAUUCAGGACCUUAGGAUGCCCCAAAAUGCCUUACAGCCAGUGAAGUACUUCUUGAAUUGUAAUCACUGUUGUCAUAGAAGAAACACUGCAACCAAUUUGCACACAGCAAGCUCCCACAAACAACAAUGGAAUAAAUGGUGUUGGUUGAGGGAUAAAUCUUGGCCAGGACAUUGGGUCAGUUCCCCUGCUCCUUCUUUGAUGUUGGGAUGUUUUACUCAAGAAGGCUUUGGUUUCAUGCCUCAUCUGAAAGACAGCAUCUCCAGUGCAUCAGCCUGGAGUCAGUGCUCAAGUCUCCUGAAGUGAGACUUGAAUCCACAACCUUCUGAGUUAGAUGCAAGAGUGCUCUGCACCGAGGCACAACUGAUACUAAUAAAAUGCAGUAGUAAAUUUGAGCACUUUAUUCAUAAACAUGAAGUCAUACGAAGAGUUUAUUCAUUUGCUGCUAGUCAUGGAGAAAUACAGCUUGUAACAUUUACACUUUUUUUUUGCAUGACGUGGAGCAUCAUGCUUCUCUUUUUAAAAUACAUUGGAAUGAGUUGAUGUCAUGUUGAGGCCUCCCAAUGCAUUGUAAUUAUUUACUAGAAUCUUCCAUAGGUUUCUGAUUAAUAAAAAUUUGACAACUAAAGUUGAAUAGAAUUAGGAGGUCACUGUUUAAAAAUAAGGGGUCACCCAUUUAGGAGGAUGGGGAGAAACAUUUUCUCUCAGAGGGUGGUGAAUUUCUUCCUCAAAGGUGGUAGAAGCAGAGUCUUUGAGCAUUUUUAAGGCAGAGCUAGAUAGCUUCCUGAUAAGCAAGGGGAUGAAAGAUUAUCAGGGCAGUUGGGAAAGUGGAGUUCAGUUUGCAAUCAGAUCAGCCAUGAUCUUAUUGAAUGGCAGAACAGGCUCGAGGGGCCAAGUGGCCUGCACCUGCUCCUAACUUGUAUGUUAGAAUUGAACCUGACACAAACAGUGACAUCAUCCUUCCCAUAAUAUCUUAUUGGUAGAACAGGAAAUACAUCCUCCUGCUUUGUUAUUGGCUGGAUUGCUACCUAACACAACAGUGUUGCUUUCCCUUUGGAAGGUCCUGUUUAAAGACACAUUCAAUCCAUUAUUCUAUUGUGUGAUAUGUAUUAAAUAAGUUUUAAAUGUUAAAACUGAACUCAAAUACAAAACUGCCAAAGAAAUGCAAAAUGACUUCAAGACUUUUGGAGGAAUUCUUGAAUUUGAAUUGUUCAUGACAGCUGUCCCCAAGUUUCAACUCACAUUAAAAUGUUCCAAUCUAUGAGUUAUAAAUGAUCAUACUAAUAAUUCUAGGCAUCCAGCAUUAGCAUUGGAAUGUUAAUAUUGUCAUGUAGCUUGCUGCAGUGGUGACAAUGAUUUGGUGAAAAAUAAUCGUAAUCUCUUGGAGACUCAAAACAAAAUGAGGAUAAAAUAGUGACAAGUUGGUAUCUGGAAGCAGUGGGAUUCUGCUUCCUUGGGGUAGGUACAUCUGUCGUGACGCAAAAAGAUCCAUUAUUCCAAGCACUAACUAUAGCUCAGCUGAUUGUCCACUUAGUCUCCUGUUUCUAAUGUCUAAUCUUUCACUUGAGUAGCCAAAGUGGGAAAAAAGUGACUGCAUUGACAAUGAUUUACUAUCAUUCUUUAUGAGCAGAAUUAGAUAUGUAUUUAUUAAUUGUGCUAAUGAUGUUUAGUGCUGACUACUGCAUUUUUUUAACACAUGCGCGGGAUGCCCGUUGUGGGUAUCUCUUGAUGCUGUCGCAUUGGAGCCACGACCACCAUUGGACCCUUGGCCAUCUGAGGCAGAUCUAACAUGGAGCUGGUUAACAGUGCAAUGCAUUUCAAAUGUAAACUCCACCAUGUCAAAGGACAGAAGUCACUUCAGUGCAUAAAGUGUUUUGAGGCAUUUCAGUGGGAAAAAUGCUAGAUUAAUACAAGUGUGUUAUUUAUUAAAACAAAAUGAUUUGUCCUGAAUUAUCUUCAGGAGUGGCCUUAGUUUUGUUCAAAUACUAAAAAUCAACUGCAGAUCUUCUUAGAAGAUAAUGAACUCGCUCUUAAAAACUUUUGCUUUCUGAGAAGUUGGAAAUACAGUAGAGUGCAAUAUGAACCAUUGUAGAAUGAGUGACAAAAACUGAUGAUUGUGUACUUUCUAUGUUCCUGGUUAACAAUUAAGAUGAACAAGGUAUAUGUGGAUACAAUGAGAGGCAAUUAGUAGCAAUGGACAGAAAUGUUGGGAUUGACUGGAAAUGUCAGGAAGAUUGGAUCAGAUGAGACUUGGUUUCUGUAUGUGGUGAAGGAAGCAGAGUAAAUGAAGCUAGGGGUGACCUCAAUGAUCUGUGCUGGUUUAAGAUAUAACGUCUAAAGUUGCAAGGGUAGAUAAUUUGCAAUAUUUUCUUCACAAUAUAGUUAUGACCUAUUGACCAACACUGAGCUCCUGGACAAUUAUUUAAAUUCAGUAGUGAAAAUCUUUAUUUUUAUUUGAAGUGUUACGACUGGGAUGGGAGGAGUGCACAGUUUAUCUAGCCCCACUACUCCACAGGUUGUACCAUUAGUGUAAAUGUUUAAUUCACUUACCAAAAUGGCCAAUUGUUUACCUUCACUACUGUUAGACCCAGAAUAAAACAGAUUUUAACCAGGCUUCUUUCAAUAAACUCAGGAUGAUUGUUUUAUUGUAGAACAAAAUUUUUUUUUUAAAACAUGUUGCAAGAACUGGUUAAAACACAAUUUAUAAUCUGGAAAUGUAACUACCUAUCCCUUUUAAAAUUCCCUAGUGCGCGCAUGCACGCACUCACACACACACACACACACAGAAACAAAGGACAAACAAUAAGGGUCUCUGCAGAGAUGGGCAGCUGAAAAAAAAAAUAAUAAAAGGAUAAAGUUCACAGGGGUUUAAUGCUGUAAUUCUGGUGCUCCCUUAUGUAACGACGGGUCACUGGUCCCAGUAGAUGUUUGGAGGUUUUCACCAAUGGAGCUUCAGGUUAGAGGAAAAUAGAGCUGGAUCAAUCCUUCUCGUCUCAGCCUCUUGGGUUUACAAAUACAUUCAAGUUCCGCUGGGAUGAGGAUUCCUAACUGGAAUCCAAUAACCACACUGUAUUUCAGGCAAGGCAAGGAGAGCAUGAGCUGGGCAGCUUUCCCCUUCUCAGCUCAUUCCCAAAUGAGUUCAAAAAACCAAGUUCAAAACAUAACUCAUCUCUGUCAGGUGAUUUCCAGGAAAUCACUAAGGCCUUUGCCUUUAGAACAAUUCUCUUUUCCAUCAAUUAAAGUGAUUGCAGUUCAAAUAGCUCUCCUCCACAAUUGCCAUGCUGGUCAUUUAGCUGAUGUCAUGUGAUUCCUUGGAAAAGGCAUGCUUGCUCCGCCCAAGAUGAACUUUUGACUUUUUUUUUAAAAAAAUUCAGGUCAGCUCCCAAGUGUCCAAAUAAUGCAAUACCCUUCCAAAUAAUGAAAGAAAAUAUCAUUCUUGUAGAUAUGGUUCAAACGGAAGUUUCACACAAAACUCCCAAGUGCCUAAAAAUUAAUGUUUCCUAAGUAUUAGUGUAUCUGUUUUAGCAAAAUAUUUAGGUUUUUGAAGUCAAAAUGACUUUUAAAAUUGAUCCAAACUGAAGAGUUUGUAUUUAUUUUGGUGUGUAAAGCUACUACAAUUUGUAAACCCUAAAUGUCAUAAUUUUCACCCGUCCAUCACUACGAUCCUGUAUUUGGGUUUGAACAAACUGCGCUCAAGAUAUUAACAUGGUUUUUAUUUGCGCUGCUCGUCCACUUUGCCCAUUAAUCUGUGCGUAAAACCCUCAAAAAUACAUAAGCAGUAACACUUUUACCAAACUAUCAAGUAAUCCUAAUUCAAGAGUAAAAUACUUUGGAUUCUGGAAAUCGGAAAUAAAAGCAUAAAAUGCUGCAAAAUUUCAGCAGGUCAGGCAGCAUCAGAGGGAGACAGAGUUAAUCUUCAGGUUGAUAUUGUAUCCCUGAAACAGACUUUGAAGUGAAGGUUCUGAUGAAUGCCUGUUGACGAAAAACAUUAAGUCAGUUUCUUUCUCCACAGAUGCUGACUGUUUCCAGCGUUUUCUGUUUUUAAUAUGCAGGAAUUACCGGGUAAAAGCCCCUUCGCAGCCAGCAAGAAUAGUGUUAUUCUGGGAGAACCUUUAGAAUCACAGAUUGCCAAUGAAAGGGAUGAUGUGCUUACUGCUCUUCAUAGGCUCUAGGGCACAUCAGACCAGUGUGGGUACAAUAAACAAAGCAAUGUGGCUUUGCACUUUACUGAUAGGUGAUAGAUGUGCAUUGUUUCUAAUAGAUGUAGCAUUAUUUUUUUUUGCAAACUAUAUGCGAUUAUAUGAGUUUUAAUGUUUAAACUGUGGUAUGUAUGCUGAUGUAAAAUAAUAAAAUGUGAUUAAUUGA